GUAAACAAUUUCAUUUGUGGGCUGUUUGGCUGUCCAAUGUGCCACUGUCUUGACUCUCGUUGCCUUUACGUGUUUCCUCAUUUUACAGUCUAUCUAAUCUCUUUUUCUUCUUCACCCUGUUUUCCAAUGGCCUUACUGGACAAUUUCUCUUACCCGGCCCGUCCAGCUCGCUUGCCUUAACUACCUCAUUGCAAACGCACAACGCUCUCCUCUCCCCCACACCACCACCUUCCUUUACAGUUUGUCUGCACAAAGCAACCAACAUCUCCUUGCUCUCCUCCCCCACUGCUAUACCAGCACUUCUUCUUUCCUUACCUGCCACGGCAAAUUCGUACAAGUCACUCCUCCAGCUGAACCCGCACACAAAUCGGCCAGCGUGACAGAAAGCCGCAAACACAAGCUCUACUCCCACCGCAUCACACGGUCCGGUCCAGCUUGUCCACACGCUCUCUACAUCACUGCCCUAUCACGCACGCACACAGCGUCCAAUUCCUACCCCAAUCCCCUAGCAAACCUUCUCAGCAAAAACCGCCCGUAUCACUUCGCAAUGGCACCCCGCCGUUUCAACCUCAAGAAGCUCGGCCGCGGCAGGAAGGUCGUCGAGGACGUCGCCAUUGAGAGCGACUCUGAGAUCGAGGCUGGACCCAGCAACUACCAAGGUCGCCGCAACUAUGGUGAGCCUGGCGUGCCAGAUGACGCUCCCCAAGGCUCUCUGAUCUCCCGCGUGUUCCACCGCCAGCAACAUGCCAACCCCCCUCACGAUUCCCCAAACCCACCUUCUCAAGCUCUCCCCCCUCCCCCCUUGACUCAGCAUCACGAGUCUCAAAUUCACCACGGGCAGCCGCAUAUCCAAGCUCCGCCCGCCGCCAACGUACUCGAGGAUGCCGACGCAUCCCCCCCAGCCUCUCUCUUGGUGGAGAUGAACUCAUCCCCUGGUUCCCCUCGGCCAGGACCUCAACGCGGCUGGCGGGCCAGGAUGGCGCACUGGUUCGCCGGUCGUCGUCGAGGCACCCGUCGACCUCGCCGUGCCUCCUCUCCUCCCCCUUCCUCCCCCGCUCCCCCUUCCCUCCGCCCCUCUUCCACCGCUCUCCAAUUCUACAUCCCUCCUCCGGUUAGAGCAUCGCGGGGCGCUAGAGACCCUGAUCUUCCCGCCCCUUCCGCCCCCAUCGACAUCCCCGGACGGGUGACACCUUCGGGAGAUGUGCCGAUGCUCGCGGGGGCACGGUUCGCGCUCGAGGGGCGUCCAGAGCAGCGCGGUGUCAUCUACGCUGGCCCCGAUGAGGUCGUGAGGCCUCUCCCGUUCUAUCAAGCACAGCAUCUCCUUCGCAUGGAGGAUCCCAAUGAGGUCAACUACUUCGCAAACUCCAAGGUCUGGCCCGCGACCAAGGAGACGGAGGGUGCGGAGGUGAUCGAGGGGUUCUCCGUGGGUGAGCCGAGUGGUUCGCGGGCUGCGGAGCAGCAGCAGCAGCAGCAGCAAGAGCCCGAGCAGUCUGGGCGUCGUUUUGGAGACUGGGCUGUGGGGAGCAGCGAGCAGCGUCGGUUCGUCGACAUGACGACCGGACGGCACGUUGGAGAUCGCUGGGAGACGCGCUGGCCAGCAUUCUGGGAGGAUCCGUUCUACCAGGAGAUGUUCCAGCCGCGCAAGAGGAACGACGAGGAGGAGAAGAAAGAGGAGGAGGAGGAGGACAAGCCCAAGUAUGAGGGCAAGGGAAAGGGAAGAGCGGAGGAUUGAAGACCUUUUGGUCUUCAUCUUUGUGUUAUUUUUUUUUGUUUUUUUCGUUUUUUCGAUUUUUCGAUUUUUGUUUUUUGGUCUUUUUUUUUUGUUUUUUCGUUUUUCUUUUUC